AUGGUGCGAUAUGCCGCUCUCAAGGGAUUGUACGACCUGGAGAAGACGAUCGGCAGCGGUGGCUUCGCCAAAGUCAAGCUGGCGACUCACGCCGCUACCGGCGAGAAGGUUGCCAUCAAGAUCAUGGAAAAGACAACGUUGGGUGAAGACCUACCGAGAGUAAAACUCGAGGUGGAGGCACUCAAGACACUGCUGCACCAACACAUCUGUAAGUUGUACCAAGUGAUCGAGACAGAGAGUCAUUAUUUUAUGGUGAUGGAGUAUUGUUCCGGCGGAGAGCUGUUUGACCACAUAGUUGAGAAAAACAGACUAUUGGAGGCUGAUUCCCGCAAGUUCUUCCGUCAGAUAGUUUCCGCUGUGGCGUACAUGCACAGCUUGGGAUACGCUCAUCGAGAUUUAAAGCCUGAGAACGUUUUGCUGGAUAAAGAUGAGAACUUGAAAUUGAUUGACUUUGGCCUGUGCGCCAAGCCCAAGACUGGAAUGCAAGCUCAUUUGUACACCUCUUGCGGUUCCCCCACGUAUGCCGCACCGGAGCUCAUAAUGGGAAAGAAAUAUCUAGGCUCGGAAGUGGACAUUUGGAGCAUGGGAGUUCUCCUUUACGCCUUGCUCUGUGGCUUCUUGCCCUUCGACGACAGUAACUUGGAAAGUUUAUACAAAAAGAUACUUAGCGGCAAGUACGAGGAACCGCACUGGUUGUCCACUAAUAGUAAACUGUUAAUCAGAUCGAUGUUGCAAAUCGACCCAGCAAAGAGAAUCACCAUUCACGAACUGUGUCGUCAUCCGUGGAUCACAAAUGGCUCUCCGAGGCCCGUCUCGUUCGUUCAGAAAACGAAAUUCGAGAAAGACGACGAGGUAUUGAGCACCAUGUGCGCCAUUUGCGGCGAGAGUAACACCGACAUAUGGAAGAAACUUGUACAGAGCGACAGGACCGAUUACAGAACGGCCACUUAUUUGUUGCUGCUUGACAGAAAAUUACGCGGGUUCUCGUUAAAAGUGACGCCAGUAACGAAGUCGCAUCUUAAGCAAGAAAUGAACGGUGCGGGUGUCGAACAAUGCGAAGCAGCGAUCAGCAAUUUUGUAACUAAGCUCGACCAGUCGCCGAAGCUUAAAACGAAUCUCAGGCGGUCUCCCGUGGUUGACGUCACCUAUGAUGUUCUGCCGAAGGCAAGCGACGAGACUAACUUCACGGCGCCAUGCGUACCGGUACGAAAGAGAUUGCGAAGCAGAGAGCCGGAUGAUACAUCAUCGCCAGUUCCGGCGAAAAGGCCGCCUGAAAAAAAUAAAUCAGCUACUCCGACGCAGACCUCGACGCCAGACUCCAGAACGGUACACGAGUCCACGCCUGGCAGUGCGAGGAAAGUUAUAAUGGGUUUGGAGCGAGGAUUGAACCGGGUGCGAUACGUUCUCACCCCGAAGAGAAGAGUGAAAAACGAGAACGCGGAUCCCGACGAGCCAAACGUGCUGUCGGGAAAGAGUCUCUCCAACGUGUCCGCGACGUGCAGCGGUUGUCCGAAGUACGUUCUCUCGAAGCUGCGAAGGGCACUUCGGCAGAAGGGUAUAAUGUGCCGUCAGAAGGGGUUCAUCUUGCAAGGGGAAACCGAGGAGUCCUUCUCGGAAGACAAGAAGAGCUCCUCGAAAUCCAUCUCUUCUCAAAACUCCUGCUCCUUCGAGCUCGAGGUUUGCCUCUUGGAGAUUGGCUCGAACGAUAAGCGAUUGGUUGGCAUCCGCCGGAAGAGACUGAAGGGGGACGCGUGGGUCUACAAACGCGUCUGCGAGGAGAUCCUCGCGCUGACGGCGGGAGACAUCACAACGGAUUCGGAAGGUUCCUCCGAAUCCAAGUGUCCCAUUUGAGAGAUAGCCUCCUGCGUGCGUAUCCUGAUUGGUGCUCCCGAAAAAAAUUCCCGAAAAUAUUCCUGACAACAUUCCUGAAAAUACUCCUGAGGUACGCAAAUCACGACUCUUUCGCACUCCGAUGACGAGAAACGUUUGCAUGCACCUUGAUCUCUUAGCCGUGUAAGGAUACGAGGAUUUACGUUAAAGCGACCACACAUGUGCAACGGAUAGUGUAAGACUUAAGGAUAUCAUGCAAUCUUUAAAUAUAUUAAAGUGCUAAACGCAACUGACGCGUAGAGAGAUUAUUUCUGUAAUAACGUGUAUUUAUUUUACCCGUAGAGACCUCUCUUGAUUAGUCACGUGUAUAGUUUUGCCUCUGUAAAAUAAAUGUACCCUACAGCGAAAUAAUCUCUCUGUGCGCUGAAAGUUAAAAAAUAUCCCAGAGCUACGCAUAGAGAUCGCCUACAAUAGAGAUCAUCUGCAAUAAGUGAGGUGAGAUUGAAAAAAAAUUAAAUUUACACUCUAUGCGUUUCUCCUUAUAACCACUCCUAUAUAUUUGUUCAUUGUUUAUACUCGAAAUAAAAACGAUACAUCGAUUAAAGCAAUCUAAA